UAAAACUGAACCUGCAUUGAAUAUGAAAACCUGUAAAUCCAGUCAUUUGGAUUCAGGCGUAGAAUCAGACAUCCAGUGCAGAAGUGGACCAGGCUGUGUUGUGAAGUGCAGUUCGGAAAGGAUGGAGAAUGCUGCAAAGAGAAGACUUGCUGCCAAUGCCAGGGAGAGAAGACGGAUGCAAGGACUGAACACAGCCUUUGAUCGUUUGAGAAAGGUGGUUCCACAGUGGGGUCAAGAUAAGAAGCUGUCCAAGUAUGAGACCCUUCAGAUGGCUUUGAGUUAUAUCAUGGCUCUCACUAGAAUACUUGCCGAAGCAGAAAGAUACAGUACUGAAAGAGAAUGGAUUAGCCUUCACUGUGAACACUUUCAUCCGGAGAACUACUACCAUUACCCGGGACAAAAAAUGGCAACGGACAGUGAUCCGUACGCACAGCGAAUACUCAGCUAUCACCCUGAACACUUUCAAAUAGCUAAUUAGAACUUUUUACG